ACUUCCUCUCUCUCUCUUUCCGUUGGUUGGGUUUAGUCGAUUACCCCUUCAUUUCAAUUCCCAAUUUCUCUCUUUUACUGCGCCAAAGGCACCAAAGGUUUGGUCUUCUCUUUCCUCAAUUUUUAGUUUCUAUCAAUUGAGUUUUUUUUUUAAAUUCCCUCCCUAUUUGCUGCUUAUAGAGAUCACAAACUGUGUACUGUGUUAGGAGGAUUGCAGUGUUGCUAUGGAAUUUGUGGGGAAAAGUGUUAAGAAAGAGGUGAAGGGGGUUGGGGUUAUCUCUGGAACAGUGAAAUCCUACGACCCUUCCUCUGGCUUCUUCGAGAUCCUCUACCAAGACGGCGUUUCUGAGGAGUUGGAAGCCUCUGAUGUUGCUUCCCUCAUUCAAUUUCAACCCCACCUUGCUAAGGCCAAGCCUCGGGUUGGUCGGAAGCCUAAGAAACGGCGCCGCUUGGAGCGGAAGCGCGAAAUUGAAGCAGCUUCAGGUAAUGUUAGUGAGAAUUUGGUGGCUGAGGGUAGUGAAUUUAGGGGGGUUUUGGAUGCUAAUGCUUCUGCUGCUGGUGGGAAUUUGGAAUUAGGUUGUGGGUUUGAGAGAGGUUUGGAUGUGGGAAUUGAGAAUGGAGGGAAUCUUAGAGGCAUUGUUAAUGGAACUGUUAUUGAAAACGGGGGUGGAGAAACUCUGGGAAAGAAAAUUGGGUUUGAAGAGAAUUUGAAGAAGGGUGUAUCUGCUAAUGGGAAUUGUGUUAAGGAUGAGCUUGAUUUGAAUUCUAGGCUUAAUCUGAACGAGGAUUUCAAUCUGAAUGAUGCUUGUGGUUCACCUUUGAACACGGAGGAUAGUUUGAAAAGGAGAGAUUGUAUUGAUUUGAAUUUGGAUGUGAGUAAUGAGGAUGAUGUUAGCCUGAAUGCUAGUUACUUGGGUUGUUCAGGAGGGGAAACGUUGCAGCGGGAAUGUAAAUUUGAUUUGAAUGUAGAGGUGUGUGAAGAAGUUAAGGAAGCUCAGGGUGAUGCUGGUGCAAAUGGUCAUUAUGAGGUAAAUGCUUUGUUUAGUAAGACGGGCCAGCUCCCAGAGGAAGAUGCAAAUGUUAAUCAUAGACCAAUAGAAGAUGACAGUGUUCAUUGUAGUUUGAAUCAUGUCUCUGAUGCUAUCAAAGUGGAGGUGAUUCAUAUUUCUGCUGAGCAUGCAUCUAAUGACACUUCGUUGUGUUUGAUUGAGGGAAAGGAAGGGGAACAUGUCAAAGAAGACGCACCAGCUAUUGAUUCUUUACAGGUUUCAAAUGUGAUUUCUGUUAGGGACUGUGAUUCUGUGAUGGUUCAGCGAAUGGACUGUCAUUCUGAAGGUGGUUUUGUCAUAACUCAUGAAUGCCAAGAUGAUCCAGGGAGUCCAUGCAAACAAGGAAAUAGCCGAAGGAAGAGAAGAAAAGUAUCAGAUAACCUAAAAUCCACACCAGAGACAGUUUUAAGGAGGAGUUCUCGCCGGGCAUCAGCUAGAAAACAGGAUUCAAGCACUGUACCAGUGCAGGUCACUGAUGAUCCUUUGUUCUCCUUGGGAACCGUUACCUUAACUGAAGAAAAUCCUCUAAUCCCUGGUUCUGAGAAAUAUGAACAUUGCAAUGAUCCUCUUCCAAAGCUGCAGUUACCCCCAUCUUCUAAAAAUUUGAUUUUAGAUGACGUUCCUGUUCUUGAACUUUUUUCUAUUUAUUCUUGUUUACGAUCAUUCAGUACUUUAUUAUUUUUGAGUCCAUUUGAGUUAGAGGAUCUUGUAGCUGCACUGAAAUCUGAAAUCCCAACUAUAUUAUUUGACAGCAUUCAUGACUCUAUUUUGCAAACUCUGAGAAAGCAUUUGGAAUACCUUUCCUCAGAGGGUUGCCAAUCUGCAUCUAAUUGCCUGAGGAAUCUUAACUGGGAUUUUUUGGACCUGGUCACCUGGCCUAUUUUCAUGGCUGAGUAUCUUCUGAUUCAUGGUUCAGGAUUUAACACUGGUUUUGACCUUAAACACCUAAUGUUCAGAACUGAUUACUACAAACAACCUGUAAUUGUGAAGGUUGAGAUUCUUCAGUACCUUUGUGAUCAUAUGAUUGAAGUGGAAGCCAUAAGAUCAGAGCUUAACAAAAGAUCUUUGGUUACUGAGACUGAUAUGGGUUUUGAUCAGAAUAUGUACUUUGACAAUUGCAAGAAAAGAAAAGCUGUAAUGGAUGUUUCUGGUGGUUCUUGCUUGACUGAGGAGAAUGUGGAUGACACAACUGACUGGAACAGUGAUGAAUGUUGCCUUUGCAAGAUGGAUGGUAAUUUAAUAUGCUGUGAUGGUUGCCCUGCUGCAUUCCACUCAAGGUGUGUGGGAAUUGCUAGUGACAACCUGCCCGAAGGUGACUGGUAUUGUCCAGAGUGUGCAAUUGGCACACACAAGGCUUGGAUGAAUUCACGAAAGUCACUUCGAGGAGCAGACUUGGUAGGGAUUGAUCCUGAUGGCCGUCUCUAUUUUAACAGCUGUGGUUAUCUAUUAGUGUCAAACACAUCUGAAGCAGGGUUGUUGUUCAAUUACUACCACAGAAAUGAUCUACAUGUAGUAGUGGAAGCUCUAAAAUCUAUGGAUCCUUUAUAUGAAAGCAUAUUAAUGGGUAUCUAUAAGCAUUGGGAUAUCCCUGCUAAUUUUAGUGUGGCUACUAGUGUCUUUAAUCAAAGUUCUAUUGAGAACAUGCAUAUGAAGGGAGAAUAUUCUACUAUGCAUACAUCUGUAGCACCUUUAACUUCUUCAGAAACAUGUUUGGACAAGAAUCAGGCUGAUGAUCAAAGAAAGUUGGAUGAAAAUUCAACUAUUGACUGUUCUAUGCAUCUUGGCCAAGAGUUUCCAAAAGCUGGGAACCGCUUCGACUCAAUGACAACCAUAGAAAGUCCUUGUAUUGCUUCAGAAGGAUCAGCUGAUACCACACAAAUGAGAUCAGGUGUUGAGAAUGUUCAGGUAUAUGGACCUAAAAAUUCCAAUAGAUCUGACGAAUCCUUGAAUCAAUCAGGAGUUUCAGAAAAACAACAUCUUGUUGGUGAAUGUUUUUUGACAUCUUCCAGCAUAGAUGUGAAACAUAAAAUAAACUUAAGAUCAGUAGGUGCUAGUGCUGCCCCCUCCACAGACAAUAAGGAUACUUCAGAAGCACCUUGUGAAAUUGACUACAUAAACUAUUACAGCUUUGCCCGAACUGCCUCCUUUGUUGCUCAAGUGUUUAUGUGUAAGUCACCUGAAAAGAUGAAUAAGAAUAUUGCCUUGUCUGAAGAAGAAAUAAUUUCUGACCAAUCAAAGGCCAUUAUGAAGAAAUCUAGUAACUUCUAUUGGCCAAGUAUUCAGAACCUGAGUGCAGCUGCACAAAAGGAAAAAUGUGGGUGGUGCUAUUCUUGUAAAGUUGCAAAUGAAGACAGGGAUUGCUUGUUUAAUUCUGUGGUGAAGCCUGUUUGGGAAGUGCCAAAAAGUACUUUAAUUGGGCUUCAACCCAGGAAGAUCCAGAAUGGACACCUUAGAGAGAUCAUAUGUCAUAUUUUCUCUCUUGAGGUUCGGUUACGUGGCCUUUUGUUGGGUCCUUGGUUGAAUCUGCAUCAAACUAAUCUUUGGCAAAAGGAUCUUUUGAAGACAUCUGAUUUUCUUCCUGUUAAACGAUUAUUGCUUCUGCUAGAAUCCAAUCUGCGUCCUCUUGCACUUUCAUCAGAUUGGUUAAAGCAUGUAGACUCUGUUGCUACUAUGGGAUCAGCUACUCAUGUUGUGGUCAACUCACGCACAUCUUCAAGGCAUGGUAUUGGAAGGAAAAGGGCUCGGUAUUCAGAUAUUGAAACGAGUUCAUCUUCAAAUACUGCUAGUGGAUUGGGGAUGUACUGGUGGAGAGGUGGUAGGCUUUCUCGAAAAUUGUUUAAUUGGAAGGUUUUGCCUCGCUCCUUGGUUACCAAGGCUGCUAGACAAGGUGGUUGCACAAAGAUACCAGGCAUUUUAUAUCUUGAGAAUUCAGAUUUUGCAAGGAGAAGCAGAUAUGUUGCAUGGCGAGCUGCUGUUGAGAUGUCAACAAGUGUUGAGCAGCUUGCUUUACAGGUUAGAGAGCUUUAUUCAAACAUAAGGUGGCAUGAUAUUGAGAACAACCAUCCUCUAUAUGUGUUGGACAAAGAAUCUAGAAAAUCAGUCAGGCUGUUCAAAAAAGCAAUUGUACGCAGAAAGUGCACAGAAGGGCAAUCUGUGAAAUUCCUUCUCGAUUUUGGUAAAAGAAGGGCUAUUCCAGAUAUUGUUACUAAACAUGGUUCUUUGUUGGAGCAAUCCUCAAGUGAGAGGAAAAAAUAUUGGCUGGAGGAGUCUUAUGUUCCAUUGCAUCUUCUAAAGAAUUUUGAGGAAAAAAGAAUUGUCCGCAGGUCCAAUGAUAAGAAACUCGGAAAAAUUCUUGAGAUUGGUAGAGUAAACAAGAAAGUUCCUCAACAAAGGGGAUUUUUGUAUUUGUUUUCCAGAAUGGAAAGAUCUGAUUGUCAUCAGUGUGAGCACUGCAACAAAGAUGUUCCAGUGAGGGAUGCUGUUAGCUGCCUUCAUUGCAAAGGAUAUUUCCACAAGAGGCAUGUCAGGAAAUCUGGUGGCACAAGAAGUACAAAAAGUGCAUAUACGUGUCACAGAUGUCAGGAUGGCUUGCGUGCAAAGACUAAUACUAACAAAAGGAAAGUUGAGUCAAAACUGCAGAAUAUUCAAGCAAAGAAACGUAAACAUGUGUCUUCAGUUUGUAAAUCAAUGAACCUCACAGGCAAUAAAAAGGCAUUGAGUAAGCUACGGCAAUUGAGAUCUCGAAACAAUAAGAUCUCAUCAAGCGUACCUCUUCGCCGUUCUACUAGGAAGGCCAAAUCCUUGUAUAUGCAUAGUCAAAUGAAUGGAGGACAUAAAAAAGGAAUGCAAGGUAAAAAGAAUGUAGGACGUAAAAAGGGAAAGCAAAAUAAAUCCAAGAAGGUGGCCUCUCAGAAGUCCAAGGAAACUACUGGCCAAUAUAAGAAUUUGCCAGUAACUACUGCACAUAAGAAAAGAACAAAACCCUGUAACAGUUACUGGCUUAAUGGUCUUCAGUUGUCUAGAAAGCCAGAUGAUGAUCGAGUAAUGCUGUUUAAAGAGAAAAAACUUGUUUUCUCCUCCGAAGAUUUGUCUGAGUCUCUUGAUUAUCCUAAAUGCAGCCUUUGCUGUGGAAAUGGGGGCACCUCAAUGUAUGUUGCUUGUGAAAUCUGUGGAGAUUGGUUUCAUGGGGAUGCUUUUGGGCUCAAUAGGGAGAAUACCAUACAACUUAUUGGAUUUAGAUGCCAUGUUUGUCGUGAUAAGCCUGCUCCAGUCUGUCCCCAUAUGAAGAUUAACACAUUGUCUCACACUGAAGGUGAUGCUGCAAUUGAGUGUGGAGAGGAGUUAGCUAAUCCUGUUUCUCCCCAUCCUCUCAGUGAGCAGGUUUGAUGAUUGGCAUUGAAAGGACAGGGCGGGACAUCAGAUGCCAGCUUCUUGUAGGGUUGUUUUUCUUCCUGCAGGAUUUGGUGGCAAAAGUUCUAUUUUUUUCUUAAAAAAAAAAAACAAAAAGUUGUUAGACAGGUUCGCUGUAGGAGGAAUGAUGGCUUGAUCAAGCUUCUGCUCUAUUCCCUUCUAUUUCAACUGUCCUCGAAAGGGAAAGAAGAAUAAUGAAACAAAUGCUAGCUCAAAAGGCUGAAGAUAAUUGUAAUCAGGGCAUAGUGGAGUUCAUACAUAUUCAUGAUUGUUAUUCUAACCCAUCAGCAUUCAUUGUAGCAGCAUUCUUUAAUGUAGGACCUUUUCUACCCCAGAACUGAUUUAACCGAUGUCUCGUCAAAUUAACUCUUUUCAAGAAAUGGAGUAUAUAAAUCAUAGCAGAUUUAGGUAAAGAGAAUAUUGAUAAUCGCAGAUAGUAAAUAGAACCCUUUUCUGUAUAUUUUUUUGGGUGUCAUUGACCAGUUUGGAAUUAUUUUCGAUUUUUUUGUAACCCCGAGCUCCAAGGUGUAUUCACUAUUAUGUGCAUCAUUUUAACACGCUGCUUAUUCCAAGAUUCUCUGUAUAUCAUACUACUUGUAGCUUC